AUGCCAUUUGUAACUUCUUUAAUACCAUGGGUAGCUCUUGAUACUACCAAUGCGAUUAAUGUUUGCGAUAUGUUAUGUAUUGUAGAACCUUCAAUGGGUUUGCUGUUAGUCAUUGGUGGGUUCAUAGCAGACAAUCCAAAUUAUAAAGGAUUUCAAGUUUACAAUUUUAAUUCGAAUGUUUGGAAUGAUCAGAAUGAAUAUAAAAAUUUAAUUGGAUAUCCUAAGGAAAUCGGUAUCGGAAUUUUCCAACCUCGAUCCAUUUUGAUUAAACCAGGAAUUGUACUCAUUUGGGGCAGAAAACAUUAUGAUUCUACAACCAGUGUUAUUUAUAAGCUGAAUAUGACAGUAACUCCAUGGAAAUGGGAACCGAUAUCUUCUAAUCUAGGAGAAGGAACCCCAAUGGAUUUAUCGUAUAUUUAUAAUGUUACAGAAUCUCAAAUUCUUUCAUCAGGCUAUCAACUUCCUUUUGCUUUUACUCAUUCAGUAGUAGAUGUUGUUGAUGAUUCUAUAUUUAUUAUUGUGCUUAGCUUUAAUGAUUAUCUUGAGAAUAGACAGAUGAGUAUCAUUCCUCUUCAUAUAGCCCAACAAAAAUGUGAAUUGUCUUUCUCAACAACUGAUAAUCUUACUCAAGCUCAACUUCGUGUGGCAGGGGUCCAACCUCCUGGAUCAAAUGUAAUAUUGACAGAUAAUACAUCUGACAUGAUGUUAGUAUAUAACAUGACUCUUCGCUUAUGGACGGACACCGUAAAUCUUGUGACAGAUGCUUCAACCAAUAAUUUUGCUUUUAUUGAAGCAAAUUAUUCAACUACAUUAAAUUCUUCAAAUCCUUCAAACACUCAGCAUCUUCAAGACCAUCUAGCAACAUUUGCAACAUGA